GGCCGGAGGGAGCCAGAUUAAUCCAGCAGCACCUCACCGUCAGAGAGGGAACAUAAACAGAGAAGAGGCUAAAAUCAGAUGCUGGAUUAGAAAGUUUUAUAGAUUUUUUUUUUCCUUCUUCUUCUGGAUUAUUAUCAUAAAACCAGAACAGCAGGGACAACAGUUGAGAAACAUGGCGCUGAUGAGGUCUGGCUGGCUCUGGAGACAGACAUCCGUCCUAAAACGCUGGAAGUUAAACUGGUGUGACCUUUGGAUAGACGGGAGUCUCUGCUUCUACAAGAGCGAGAGCAGGCGGGAGCUGGAGAUCCGCGUCGGCCUGAAGACAGCGUGCAUAGAUGUGCGGUCUGGUUUGGAGUGUGGAGGCGUGCCUCCACCAGAGAGUAACCCCAGGGAGAACCUCAUCGUGGUUCAACUCAGAGAUGGCUCAACACUCAACCUGUGCGCCAACAGUGAAGAUGAGUCCAUAGCGUGGAAGCUGACUCUGCUGGAGACCAGGAGGAACCCGGUGUUCACAUAUGACCCAUAUGAUGACUCCUACCAGGCUGUGCCGCUCAGCCGCUACCACACGGUCUACAUCACACCUGGAGCAGGACCAGGAACCCACCAGGUGAUUGUUCAGAGGGACCCGUUUGAUGGAGUCGCAGAUCAUCUAGCGCUGGGACUACUGGCAGGCGUGGCAGCGGGAGCAGCCAUGCGCUCCGUUUUCUGGAUGCCCUUUUUCUGCUGAGAUCACAUUCACCAUCCACACGCACCAGACACCAAACCAGCAUGUGUAGAAACAAGUCUUUUUUUUUUCUCCAUCGUCUUCCUCAUAAUCUCUUCCUAAAUCAGAUUAUUUCUUAAGUAUAAAAGUUACAAAGCUGAAAAGAAAGUCGCACAUUUCACCGUUCUUUUUGCUUGUACAUUGUACAACAGACUGAAUCUACCAAUUAACUUUGUAAAACAGGAAGACAACAUCUGAGUGCUCUUUUGCCUGCAGAAUUUUGCACUUUAUACAUUUGAGAAGAGUCAAGUUUAUUAGAUGUAUUUCCGUUUAUUAGAAAACAACUGAUUAUUGAUGAUGCAUUAAACUAAAUGAGAUCUGAUGCUAACUCACUUUGUGUCAUGCGACAAAUAAACCAGAAAA